AUGGGGUCAGAGGGAAGUCAGAAGCACAUGGUGGUUACUCAAGUUAGUGUUGGUGGUUUCGACAACUAUGUAACUGCAAAAAUGCUUUGCGAUUACUUGGAAGCUAACAUUGGAGCUGUUUGGAGGUGUAGAUUGAAGACUUCUUCAACCCCUCCCAAUUCUUACCCAAAUUUUGUGAUUAACCCGACAAAUGUCCUGGGAACAAACGAUUACAAGAAGGUGGAGCCUCACGCAUUUGUGCAUUUUGCCAUGCCAGACUCUUCAAUGUUAGCUCUGGAUUAUGCAGGGCGUGGUGAGCUUAUAUUUGAAGAGAAACCGCUGAAAGUUAGUUUGGGGCCUGAGACUCCAUAUCAUAUGAAUCAGAGGAGAAGGACGACAAUCCCCUUCAAGAUAUCUGAUGUGCGUGUUGAGAUUGGCAUCUUAGUUAGCCCAGAUGAGUUCUUUGUUGGUUGGAGAGCCAUGCAGGCAGUCAUAAGAUGCAAUUUUAAGAUUGAAUUCUUGGUCAGAGAUAUUGAUGAGAUCAAACAAGAUGCAGAUAUGUCAUCCUUAAUAGUUUUGUUGCAGCUGGCCUCCUCUCCUUUAAUUUACUAUAGAACUGCAGAUGAUGAUAUUGAAGAAUCAGUUCCAUUUGAUUUGUUGGACGAUGAUGAUCCAUGGAUCCGAACUACAGAUUUUACUCCUAGUGGGGCCAUUGGUAGGUGUAAUACUUAUCGAAUUUCAAUCCGACCUCGCAAUGGUCCAAAUCUGGAGAAGGCCAUGGAUUAUCUUAAGGAGCAGAGGGUGCAGGUAUCAAAUUACUGCCCUACACAGCAGCUUAGGAUACGGGAUGAACCUGAUUUUGGGAUACCUAUGUCAGAUCCUUUCUUUUGUAUUCCAUACAAGACAGAUGUAUCCUUUAAGAUCUUGUUUUUGGUAAAUGCAGUCAUGCACAAAGGCAUAAUAAACCAGCACCAGUUGUCAGACAGCUUCUUUCAUUUACUGAGAAGCCAAAGAGACGACGUCAAUGUAGCUGCAUUAAAGCACAUCUAUUCUCAUAAUUGCCCUUUGAAUGAUGCUUGUAGGAGGCUGGAACUUGUUCAGGAAUGGUUGCUGAAAAAUCCUAAGCUUCUUGAGAGACCUAGAGAGUUGAAUAAUGUUGUCAAAGUUAGGAGGUUGGUUAUAACCCCGACCAAAGCCUACUGUCUUCCACCAGAAGCUGAACUUUCAAAUAGGGUUCUUAGGAAUUACAGAGAAGUUGCUGAUCGUUUUUUAAGGGUUACCUUCAUGGAUGAAGGCAUGCAGACACUUAACAAGAAUGCAAUUGACUAUUAUCCUGCUCCUAUCCUUAGGGACAUCACUUCAAAUUUUAAUUCCCAGAAAACCAAAUGUUCCAAAGAGUGA